CCGGCGCGAAGCUGUGACGCGCUCAAUCGGCGCCGGGGCCUCUCCGGCGGUCGGUUGGUGGUGGGAGAUGGCGGAGUAUCUGGCCUCCAUCUUCGGCACAGAGAAGGACAAAGUCAACUGUUCAUUUUAUUUCAAAAUUGGAGCUUGCCGUCAUGGGGACAGAUGUUCUCGAUUGCACAAUAAACCAACAUUUAGCCAGACCAUUGCCCUCUUGAACAUUUACCGUAACCCUCAAAACUCUUCCCAGUCUGCUGACGGUUUGCGCUGUGCUGUGAGCGAUGUUGAAAUGCAGGAACAUUAUGAUGAAUUCUUUGAGGAGGUCUUCACAGAAAUGGAAGAAAAGUAUGGUGAAGUUGAGGAGAUGAACGUUUGUGAUAACCUUGGAGAUCAUCUAGUUGGAAAUGUAUAUGUAAAGUUUCGUCGUGAAGAAGAUGCAGAAAAGGCUGUGAUUGAUCUGAACAAUCGCUGGUUUAAUGGUCAGCCAAUUCAUGCUGAACUUUCACCUGUGACUGACUUCAGAGAAGCUUGUUGCCGUCAGUAUGAAAUGGGAGAGUGUACGCGAGGAGGUUUCUGUAACUUUAUGCAUUUGAAGCCCAUUUCUCGAGAAUUGCGACGUGAAUUAUAUGGACGUCGUCGUAAGAAGCAUAGAUCCAGGUCAAGGUCCCGUGAACGUCGUUCUAGAUCCAGAGAUCGUGGUCGUGGAGGUGGUGGUGGUGGUGGAGGAGGAGGCGGUGGUGGCGGAGGAGGAGGAGGAGGACGGGAACGUGAUAGGAGGCGGUCAAGAGAUCGUGAAAGAUCUGGUCGAUUCUGAGCCAUGCCAUUUUUACUAUUGUGUCUGGUAGCAAGUGUUGUAGUCAAUUGACCAAACAAGUUCCUAAUGAGAUUUUUUUUUAAAAAAGAUGGGCUUCUGAAUAAAAAUUUGUAGUGAUACAGUAUUCUUUGUGUAACUUGUUUCUUGUGGGGGAAGUCUUUUGUUAACUGUCAUUCCUCUUUCUUGACAAAUAGCUGGAUUAACUAUGCUUGCAGUAAAGGUGGCAAAUGUAUAGGAGGUGCAAGUUUUUAAAUUCAGGUGUGAAUUAACUGUUAAGGAAAAUGUGCAAGCCUGUGUAUAUAAUAUAAAAUAGUAUAUUAUAUACAUGGAUAAAGUACUAUAUUGCUUAAGAGACAGUUACAAUUUAAGUUUCCCUUUUCUGCUAUUUUGUUUGCUUAUUUAGGUUAGUUUAGGCACAUUUAAAGGAAGGCUGUGCAAAGUGCAUUUAUUUACUCAGUAGAAAUGCUAAGUUGCAAAAAUAUAUAUGUUAAUAGAAGUCUGUGCACUGUCUAUCACUGUGACUGUGGCAUUUACAAUAAAUCCAAUUCAUUGGUGUAAAAUCUAAAGCCUAUUCUCUAAGCCCUCGAGUAGUUGAGUUGCUACUCCUGGCUGUGCCAGAAUUCAUAGUUAAAGAGUUUUUUUUAUUCUUCACACACACACCUACCUGCCUCAGGUGAUUCCUUAGAAGGACAGUGUAUCUAGUGCAGUAUUCAGGCUAAAGUUAUGAAUGCAGUAUCUUAUAACAGAACAUCAAGUUAUCAUGCAAAAGCUCAUGCUCCAUACAGCAGGAUGAGUUCUGUAUAAAAAAUAUCUGAGUAUCAGAUCCACCUUCAUGGAAGGUUUCUUUUACUUGAAGUUCCAUUGGCUGUCCUUUUAACUGAAAGCAUAUCAGUAUUCAGGAUAAGGAGUAAGUUGGGCGCUAGUGAAAAGUACACUGUACCUUCUCCAUCUGUUGCUCACUUCUAAGAGAAGAUCUGACCUGUAGUUAAAAGCAUCUUUUCCUACAUAAAGCACUUGCAUAGCAAAGCUAAUGGACAAGAGCAUUUUAUUACAUUCUUAAGAUAUUUUUAGGCUUACUCUGUCUACAUUCUUCAUUGCAACGGUGAAUCAAAGCUGUACUUCUUCAUAAAGCAAAAUACAUUUUAUGGGAUUCAGUGCCUCUUCUAGCUCUAAAGCCUCUAACUGAUGAGUUGCUGGAACAUCUAAGUGCUAUAUAACUUGUACAAUGCAGUGGAUAUAGACAUUUUGUGGACAGGCUUAUAAUUAACUUUUCUGUUUUUAUUUUUUAUCCCCAAAAGAUAAACGUAAGAAAAGACCGCACUUGCUGGCACUUGGAAGUGGCAAAUAGUGAUUAAUAAUACUGAAGAAGGAAAGCAGAAAAUCUUACACAUCUUACCUCUUUAAGGUGAACUUUUGGGCCAAAAUAAAAAUUGAGUUAUUCCCAGAUUUGUGCAGAAUGCCUUCACUAACCAAGUUAGGGGGAAAUCGGCACAUAUAGAAACUUGGUUUUAAAGGCUAAUGGCAAAGCAAAAGAAGCAUUUCUCUUACUGUACCAUUAUGAUGUGUAAAGAUGGCUUUGAUCUAUCUUUCAGUACACUAGAAAUCAGGUCCUGGCUUCCUGUCACCUCAAGGACUUCAACAGUGUUUCGAGGACCUUGGGUGUCAAUAUCACAAUGAGCUGAAACCUGGGGAUAGCCCUGCCACCAACUGAGAGGUUGAGAUUGUUAGCUUAGCUCUCUAAUUCACCUCAAUGUACAUGUUAAGAUUUACCCAUUUUCUCUUCAGUGACAUUCUGUGUUACUUAAUACCCCUUUCUAGUUAGAUUGCAAAAUCCAGCAAGGUAGGGACAGUAUUCAUGUGCAUUUACGCAACGUCUACGGAUAAAUCAGGGAUUACUUUUUUACUUUUUGUGUGGCAAACAGCAUGUGUAAGACCUUGUCUAUGCCACAGAGUCCUGAUGCUAACUAGCUAAACUGAUAUAAGCCAGUUUCUACACAGUGAUUUGUACCAGUUUAUUUAAAUCAUUUUAGCCUGGUACAGCUUUUGUUUGUAAACAAGACCUAAACUAGUACACAUCACAAGUGAAUUGCAAAGAGCACAAUUUCUUGUGCUUUGCUUUAUUUUACUUCAAAAUUUUUCUCCCUCUCAUUGGAAUCCACUGAAUGCAUCAUUUUGUGGCCUUGUGAAUUAAUAAUGUAACUCAAAUAUGCAUUCAGGGACACUAAUAGCAAGCCGGGGAUGUCACUGAAUUUCACAAGGAAGAAAAGCUUUUACAGUUUGUACAUUUCCACAACCUGACUAGUGAGAGCAUAGACCACAAAUCUAGCACAAACUCAAUUGUCAUUGUAGCCUCACCUGUAAUACUGCAUACUACACUUUUAAAAGGAUUUGGCAUAAAUGUCACUUCCUCAAAGCCAUUUAAAACUGCUAUUUAGGCUUAUUAAUGGAAAUGGAGAAACUUUACUUUAUUAUCCUAAGCCUCUCUCCCCAUAUACAAAGUGUAGAACAAGGAAAAAAUUUUGAAAUUUGGAAUACUGAUGACCAUUUCCUAAUGUCAAGAUUUCGUCUGUUGAAAAACAUCACUUUUAGCUCAUGGAAUUUCUUAAUCUCAAGUAAAUGACAGCAUAUGGUACCUUUUGAUGUCUGGAUAUGUUUAAUUUUAAAUAAACUCAUAAUUCCAAGUGA